GUUCUCGGCGCACGGGCAAACUCGCCCCUCCGAUGGCGCUGGGCAAGCCCGGAAUUUCUUGUCGGCAAAAUCUCCCGAUCGUGAACUGGAAUUUUCUGGAUUGCGAGCCAACGCAGUGCCCAUCCGGUCCUCCGCAACAAGCCAGCCCUCAACGCGCGACAUCGCAUCCCGGUUCCCCCCAAGACCGCGCGACUAGCCAAACUUCGAUUCCACAGUCCCCUUUCGUAUCCCUUAUUACGUGGACUACGUUCCACUACCCGCAAACAUGGCCUACCGCCUCAUCACUCAGGUCCUCUUCGUCGGUACCCGCAUCGUCGGCCGCUCUUUCGCCGCCGCUUAUAGGCAGGCCCAGGCCUCGUCCGAGUACCAGCGCGCGCAGGCCAAGAACGGCAACGCGGCCGCCGGAGCCAAGGGCAAUCUGUCGUCCGGCAUGACUCUCGACGAGGCUUGCAAGAUCCUCGACGUCGAGGCGCCCAAGGACGGAACCCAGAGCGCGGGCAACGUCAUGGAGCGCUUCAAGAAGCUGUUCGACGCCAACGACCCCAAGAAGGGCGGCAGCUUCUACCUUCAGAGCAAGGUCCUGCGUGCGCGAGAGAGGUUGGAGAAGGAGAUUGGGCCGCUGGUCGAGAAGGAGGAGGUCGAGUCCGAGGUGAAGGAGGGGUUCAAGCCCAAGAUUUACAAGGACCGGUGAGCGGGUUGCAUGCACGGUGCCCGGGGCGGCGGGCGGAACCGUAACCGACUGAUCGACCGACGUACAGGCGGAAGCGAAUCCGAAGGACGGAAGGCCAUAGAGUGGGUGAUCUGCCAACGCGGACCUCGCUCGAGAAAGGGGAUGGCCUUGGGUAAAACAACUGUAUUGGAACAAACUUCACUCGACUCCGCAUGGCAAGGCGUUUCUGGGGAGGGAUCUCUUUUUAUUUUCACGGCGCGGCACCGCCAGCAUUGGCAUGGUUAGACGAUAUAAAAAGAGGGCGGUGCCUGCGCGGGAAUGUGUUAAUACUGUACCAUAAGACACCGGGAGCGCAACGAUGAGGAGUUGGGCCGAUGAGUAGAGAAAGAGAGGUCGGCUUAGAGAACGCGGACCUUGUGUACUGUAUACUCAACAAUGAAGCUAUCAAACUGCCGGUGGAUGGACUCGGGGUGAUGAACUUACCGGCCAGAUGACCGGCCGCGCAGUAUGUUGG